AUGGCAGCCACAACUGAGUCCAGCAACACGAACAAUAUGAAGAUUGAACAAGUCAAAAGUUCACCACAUGAAAAACGUGUUGCAACCCAUUCACACAUUAAAGGUCUUGGUUUACGCCCUGAUGGUUCAGCUGAACCGAUUCAAUCGGGCUUUGUGGGCCAAGAAAAUGCUCGUGAAGCUAGUGGUAUUGUUGUUGAGAUGAUCAAAAGCAAAAGCAUGGCUGGUCGCGCUUUAUUAUUCGCAGGCGCACCCGGUACUGGUAAAACCGCCAUUGCUCUUGCUAUUGCGCAGGAAUUGGGUCCCAAAGUACCUUUCCGACCUAUAGUCGGCUCUGAAGUCUACUCUAGCGAAAUCAAAAAGACAGAAGUACUUAUGGAAAAUUUCAGAAGAGCCAUUGGCUUACGUAUGAAGGAAACCAAAGAAGUUUAUGAAGGUGAAGUUACUGAACUAACACCCGAAGAAACUGAAAAUCCUCUUGGGGGUUAUGGUAAAACUAUCUCUCAUGUAAUCAUUGGACUCAAGACUGUAAAGGGUACAAAACAAUUGAAGCUGGACCCUAGUAUCUAUGAAUCUAUUCAGAAGGAGAAGGUUACUGUUGGUGAUGUUAUUUAUAUUGAAGCUAAUACAGGCGCUGUGAAGAGAGUUGGUCGCUCAGAUGCAUACGCCACGGAAUUUGAUUUAGAAGCAGAAGAAUAUGUUCCUUUACCAAAAGGCGAUGUUCAUAAAAAGAAAGAAGUUAUUCAGGAUGUUACACUUCACGAUUUAGAUAUGGCCAAUGCCCGACCAGAAGGUGGACAAGACAUCAUGUCAAUGAUGGGACAAUUAUUGAAGCAGAAAAAGACAGAAAUCACUGAAAAGCUUCGACAAGAGAUUAACAAAAUCGUCAAUAAGUAUAUCGAACAAGGAAUUGCCGAGCUUGUACCUGGUGUAUUGUUUAUUGAUGAGGUGCAUAUGUUGGAUAUUGAAUGCUUUACCUAUUUGAACAGAGCACUUGAAUCGCCAUUAUCACCCAUUGUCAUAUUCGCAACAAAUAGAGGCAUGUGUACAAUUCGAGGAACCGACGAUAUUGUCUCUCCUCACGGUAUUCCUGUAGAUUUACUCGACCGUUUACUAAUUAUUCGUACACUUCCUUACACCAUUGAUGAGAUCAAAGUGAUUAUUACUAUAAGAGCAAAGAUUGAAGGAUUAACAAUAGAGGAUGAUGCUGUCGAACAUAUCGCCAACGCUGGUAUCAAUAGUUCCCUGAGAUAUGCUGUUCAACUCUUAACUCCUGCAAGUAUUGUGUCCGAAAUUAACGGUCAUUCUUCAAUAACAUUAAAUGACGUUAAGGAAGUGGACGAUUUGUUUUUCGACUCUAAACGUUCUGCUAAACUCUUGAUGGAUCAAGAAAAGCAAUUCCUCAUUUAA